GACGUUGUCGAAACUGAGGCGCAUCGCAGGGGCCGGUGGCGCUCCAUCAGGGUUCUGUAUCUCACCAUGUUCCUCAGCAGCAUCGGGUUUUCUAUUGUGAUAAUGUCAAUAUGGCCAUAUCUCCAAAAGGUGGAUCAGACAGCCGAUGCCAGUUUCCUGGGCUGGGUGAUCGCUUCAUUCAGUCUUGGCCAGAUGGUAGCCUCACCGCUCUUUGGCUUAUGGUCUAAUCACAGACCCAGAAGAGAGCCUCUGGUCGUCUCCCUCUGUGUCUCGGUGGCAGCCAACUGCCUGUACGCGUAUGUGCACGUGCCCGCCUCCCACAACAAGUACUACAUGCUGGCUGCGCGGGGCCUGGUGGGCGUCGGAGCAGGAAACGUGGCGGUCAUCAGAUCCUACAUCGCCGGCGCCACGUCCCUCCAGGAGAGGACCGGUGCCAUGGCGAACACCAGCGCGUGCCAGGCCCUGGGCUUCAUCCUGGGUCCAGUUUUCCAGACGUGCUUUGCGCUCAUCGGAGACAAGGGUGUGACGUGGGAAGCCCUGAGGCUGCAGGUCAACAUGUACACAGCGCCAGUGCUGCUGGGCGCCCUGCUCGGGGUCCUCAACAUAGUUCUGAUCCUUGUUGUGUUAAGAGAAUAUCGUGUGGAUGACUCAGGGCGGCAGUGUAAAAAUGUUAAUUUUGAAGAAGCCAACGUAGACGCGGCUCCGGCCCCUCAAGGACACAUCGACCAGGUCGCCGUGCUGGCCACCAACGUGCUGUUUUUUGUGGUUCUGUUUAUCUUUGCCCUCUUCGAAACCAUCAUCACCCCCUUGACCAUGGACAUGUACGCCUGGACGCAGGAGCAAGCCGUGCUGUAUGGGGGGAUCAUACUCGCCGCCCUGGGGGCCGAGGCGGUCGCCGUUCUCCUAGGGGUGAAAAUCCUCUCCAAAAAGGCUGGCGAGCGAGCCGUUCUCCUGGGAGGACUCCUCGUCGUCUGGGCUGGCUUCUUCAUCCUGCUCCCGUGGGGAAGCCGGUUCCCCAUGGUUCAGUGGGAAGACCUGCAUAACGGCUCAGCCCCCGGCCCUACGUUUGGGGAGGCUGCCCUCGGCCUCUGGAAGGCUCCCGGAGACCACAGCGAAGCGCCCACCGGCUGCCCCCUCGUGCAGGCCUGGUGCCGCUACACCCCCGUGGUCCACCUGGCGCAGUUCCUCACGGCGGCCGUGCUCAUCGGGGUGGGCUACCCGGCCUGCAACGCCAUGUCCUACACGCUGUACUCGAAGAUCCUGGGGCCGCAGCCACAGGGCGUGUACAUGGGAUGGCUGACGGCCUCCGGGAGCGCCGCGCGGAUCCUCGGGCCCGUGUUCAUCAGCCAGGUGUACGCCCGGCGGGGGCCCCGCUGGGCCUUCGGCCUGGUGUGCGGCCUGGUGGGGCUGGCGGCCGCGCUCCUGGGCCUGGUCUACCGCAGACUCGUCGCCUUCUCCGAGAGGCUC